AUGUCUCGCCCCGUGCGCAUCGCAUUUGCGACCAACUCGGACGCUGGGCAGUACAAUAUCCACCUGGCAGCCAUCCACUCGCUCUUGGAGCAUCACCAUGCUGAUGUUGAGUCGCACCUGCUCGCGCAAGCUCCUGGACGGAAAAGGUGCCCCAUGGAUGUCGAGUUUCAUGAGAUGCCGGGGAUGAGCAAUGUGGCAGCCAUUAAUGCUAUCUCGCCUCUCCAGGAGACUGAAGAGACAUGUGGUCAAGCUACCGCCUCUCAGCCCCCGGGCUUCUUCGGCGCACUCAAGGUCAUCCCGCUCAUCCCAGCCAUCAUUUCGCCCUGGCAACCAUCCGAGUACAUCAGUAUCACGCACGCCAUCGAGGAUGUACUAAUUAAGAUCAAGCCUGACCUCGUCGUUAUCGACGACGUGCUGUUCCAAGCGGCGGAUGCGGCGGACAAACUGGAGGUGCCGUAUAUCAUCCUCAGUCCGAGUGCGUGGAAGGACAUGGCUUCGCACGAACAGGGGCUUAAGACGUUCAUGCUGCCACUGAUGGGAUCGGGCUGGACGUACCCCCUACCCGUCCACAUCAUCCCCUUCAACUUCAUUCUCGUCCUCUACUUCAUCUACAACAUCUCAACAAAUCCGCAGCUCAAAGCCGUCUUCGCCGCGCAAGGAAGCAGGGUACACCCGGUCAUUCUUCCCCACACCCGACACACUCCGCCUCUGCAUGGGUCUCCCCCACCUCGAGUUCCCCAUAUUUCGGCCUAA